AUGCAUGCUUUGAACACUCGCCGCUGCCUAGAAUGGUGCAAGGAUGCAAUGCUUCUGCAUGAAUUCCAUCGGGUCCCUGUCGACGCCCGCCUUCCCCCUCCCCCUCCCCCUCCCUUACCUCCCUCCCUGCCCUACUUUUUUCCUCCCACCUCGCACUCCUCUUCUCCCUCUCGUCACAUCCCGCCGACUUGGCCAUGGGCGAGGAGCGAUUGA